AUGCUGCCUCAACAGUACUGUUUGAGAUGGAGAUAUCACCAUUCCAAUUUGCAAACUAUGUUUUCACAACUAUUGGAACGAGAAGCUUUUUGUGAUGUGAUUUUAGCCUGUGAAGGAAGAUCGAUUAAAGCCCACAAAAUAGUAUUAUCAGCCUGCAGUACCUACUUUGAAACAAUACUGUCCCAAUAUGAAGAAAAAGAUCCCAUUUUAAUAAUGAAAGAUAUUAAAUAUGUAGAUAUUAAAUGUUUAGUAGAAUUUAUGUACAAAGGAGAAAUUAAUGUAGAACAUUGUCACCUGGCGACGCUUCUAAAAACAGCCGAAGAACUAAAAAUCAAAGGACUCGCCGAGGUGUCGUGGCGCGACGAGGAGCAGUCGUCGAAAUGCGGCGACAGCGACAAGAACGGCAUGCCGCCCAUCAUCCCGCCCGUCUCCACGGUGAUGGAGAGUCCGAAGGCGCAGCAGCAGCAGCCGCCCGGCUUCGUCGACGGGAACAAGAAGAAGAGGGGGCGGCCGCCCAUAGACGACUACGAUUCCACGUUCACCACGCCCCGGAUCAUGGCGGUGACGGGGUCGUCGAGCGCGGGCGGCGGCGCGGGCGGCGGCGAGGACGGCUACUCGAACGACGCGAUGUCGAGCAGCGAGCACGACAUGAGCAUCUGGGACGAGGAUCAGUCGGCCAACGAGGCGAACGAGGCCACGGAAAACGACGAGCCGCCGAUCAAAAUUAAGAAGGAAACGCACGAAGACGACGCAGACGAUCUGAGCAACAACUCCUUCAGCCUCAGCGACUUCAAAGGCGGCGCCAACCCCCUCAACAACGUAAAACCGGCAACGCCGGCCAACGCCAACGUGACGACGUCGGGCGGCCAGUCGUUUCUGACGCCGGCCCUGGAAAAGGAGUGGCCCGACGUGAUCAAGAUGAACGACUACCUCAACACCGGCCGCAGGCAGCAGUUUUGGGAGGAGCCGUUCACCAAGAGGGUCAUGGACGCCAUCAAGACCAAGAAUUUGGAGAUGAAGGUGGCCGCGGAGCUGCUGGGCGUCUCCUACGGCACGCUCUACGGAAGAUACAGGGAUUCCUACGGGUGUCUCAAACACCCAUACAGGGUGAGAGACUUCUGGACAGAGCAGGGCCCCACCGACGUGCUCCUCAAGCUUAAGCGCAAGGAGAUCACGCUGUUCCGCGCCGCGGAACAGCUGAACGUCACGCCGCAGACGCUCUCGAACUACUUGAUAUCGAUGUCGCAGCUGGAGACGGGCGAGGGCGGCGCCGGCGGCGGCGGCCCGUUCCACCCGCAGUGGAACGACGACGAGUCGGAGGACGAGGCCGACUCGAUCCUGCCCGACCUGCCGGCGCACGCGCCCGCCGCCUUCAAGCGCAACGUUGCCGCGUCGGCCUCGAGCAGCGGCAACUCGGUGCUGGCGCACUGCCCCGACAUAACCAUCAUCAAGAAGGAGAAGCCCGAGGUCAAGGUCAACAAUAACUCGGAUCAUUCCGAGACGGUCGGCGAUCGGGGCGAUUAA